UGCGCGCAGCUCGCCAGUGUUGACGCGGAUCCUGGAAGACGGCGUGUGAGGUGCCGAGCUGUAAAAUGACCGCCUGUGGGGACUUUCCUGCUCAGCUCGCCUCCAUCAUGGACGUGUUGGCCAAAGCAGCAGUUGCGGACAUUUGCAGGCUCGUGGAGGACGGCUACGCGCUCCUGCGGCUGGAGGUGUCUCGGAGCCAGCAGGAGAACCAGAUGCUGAAGAAGAGGCUGCGAGUCAUGAUGGAGAUGGUGGGGGUAGCGCGAGACGGCGGGCGCGAGGGCCCUCCCGCGUGCCUCGAAGACCCUCGAGCCGCAGCAGGGGAGGGUGACCGCUUGUCCCUCCCUCGGCGACCCCCUGAGAGUCCAGCGCGGAGCGGCACCUGGACGCAUCCAAAGUGCGCGGAGCAGCCCGGAGACGAGGAGCGGGGCUCCGACACGCAGUUCAUCAAGGAGGAGCGCCUGGAGGCGGACCUGGGCCGUGCCGACGUUCCGAACGCUCCGGAAGUUACCGGGCUGGUUGGUGAUGAUGCUGGAAGAGCUCCUGCUGCUGACUCAAGGACUACAUCUCCAGAAGAAACAGCUGAAAUCUCUGGGCAGAUGAGGACCAAUAUUUGGGAAGAAGCUGGAGCAAACCUUCUGGUCAAGGUGGAACCGCCGACUGAGAUGGUAAACCACAGACCCCCGCGCAUGGGGUCGGAACGCAGCGAAGAGAAGUUGAGAAAUGUGGACUAUGACUAUGUUUUGUAUGAGAGACCCAGCCUGGCAGAGGCCUUUCAUACUCAAGAGGUGGUUGAAGUGGCUGCGGGAGCUGACUUGCAUGGCCUCCCGGUUUGUUCGGAGCACCCGGCACGUCCGACUGCUGCCAGAAGCGUUGGGAGCAGUUUAGGGUUUUUCAGCGUGAAGCCAGCUGGUCUAAUGAUGACAUCCAUGCCACUCGAAGUUGAGGUUGAGAUCUGCUCGGCGUGGAAGAAAGACGCUAUAAUAGGAAGCGUGCAUGCACAGCAGAGACAUCGCAGAGGCCGCGUAAGCAAAGGCGAAUUGGUGUUGGGAAGCACGUACGAGAGCCAAAGGAAAACGACAGCAGAGCCGCGGACCAUAGAUGUCAUAGAUAUUAUGGAAUGUGGCGCUGCUGCAGCUGCAGAAAGUCGUCUCUCCCCAAAAACCCGUAAAAGCAGUUGUAAAGCUGGCGUGAAAGAGAAGCGCUUCAUCUGCACGUACUGCGGAAAAAGUUUUAGCUGUCCGAACCAUCUGAAAACGCAUCGGAGGAUUCACACCGGGGAGAAGCCCUUCAGCUGCAACCAGUGUGGGAAGCGCUUCUCCGAUUCCAGCAACGUUAAGAGACACCAGAACACUCACACCGGAAACAAGCCCUUCAUCUGCACGCUGUGCGGCCGGGGCUUCAGCCAGUCGGGUUGCCUUGUGACGCACCAGAGGGUUCACACGGGAGAGAAGCCGUUCAGCUGCACGCAGUGCGGGAAGCGCUUCUCCGAUUCGAGCAACAUGAAGAGACACCAGAACACUCACAUCGGGAAGAAGCCCUGCACCUGCUUGGACUAGGAGUUUCCUUUGUGCACCUGGAAGAAAAGCCCGUCAGCUUCUCAAAGUAGCCCUCGUGGUACUUCAUUUACCUGGUAUUUACUGCGUUGCCUGUUCAGUGGAUAAGUACCCACGCAUUUCCACCAGACGACACCUUGUAAACUUGUAUGAAUAAGAAUGUCUUUUAACAUCUAAAAUAUCAGUGUUCUUUCUAUAGGCGAGGGCCAGCAGGUGAUGUAGUGCUUAGGGCUUGUCUUGUAAUCUGAAGGUCCCUGCUUUAAAUCCC